CCGUUCCUUCCCAGUACAUCUUCCCAGAAUGUUUGCUUCCUACCUGAUGUACUGCGACAUGUGCAAAUUAAGGGGCUGGCCGUGUAAAGGUUGUAGGUCUUUCAUAAGUGGUUUAGACAGUGGAGGCUUUGGGGGUGGCUUUGAUGGUGGCUUUGGUGGAGGCUCUGGGGGAGGCUUUGGUGGAGGUGCAAAGGCUGCCUAUGAAGUUACUGGUACAAGAGGACAAUAUGGCGGCAGCGUCUUUGGGAACAAAAAGGAGACCAUGCAGAACCUUAAUGAUCGUCUGGCCAACUACCUGGACAAAGUGAAUGCACUGGAGGCGGCAAACGCUGAACUGGAACGGAAGAUUAAAGAAUGGUAUGACAAGCAGCCCACUACCAGUGAUGGAGGAAAGGACUACAGCAAAUAUUACUCAUUAAUCGAUGAACUAAAUCUGAAGAUCACUAAUGCAACAAAAGACAAUGCAGGAAUCACCCUACAGGCUGACAAUGCCAGGCUGGCUGCUGAUGACUUCAACAACAAGUAUGAGAAUGAGCGUGCCCUCUACCAGAUGAUGGACAACGAUAUCAAUGGUCUACGUAGGGUCGUGGAUGAUUUUACCCUUUCGAAGUUUGACCUGGAAUCCCAGUUUGAGGGUCUUUUUGAGGAAAUGGUGUUUAUCAAGAAGAAGCACGAUGAUGAGAUCAAGGGUACCCAAAACACUAAACUUAGCCAAGUUAGUGUGGAAAUGAAAGCCCAGCCUGGUACUGACCUGACCAAGAUACUGAAUGACAUGAGAGCUCAGCACGAAGCACUGGCUGAGAAGAAUCGCAGGGAAGCUGAAGAUCUUUACAAUACAAUGACUGCAGAACUGAGACAACAAAUAUCUGCUGGGGCGGGACAAAUGCAGGCAAGCAAAACUGAAAUCUCAGAACGUAAAAGAACACUCCAAGCUCUUGAAACCGACCUUCAUUCAAAACUCUCCAUGAAACAAUCUCUGGAGUUGAUGUUGGCCGAAACUGAGGGCAUCUACUGUAUGAAACUGUCAAGGAUACAGGUGACCAUUUCCAGCAUAGAAGAACAUCUGGCACAGCUCAAAGCAGACUCGGAGUCCCAACACUCCCAGUACCAACAGCUCUUGGGCAUCAAGACAAGGCUGGAACAAGAGAUUGAAACGUAUCGCAGGCUGCUGGAUGGAGAAGGGAGCAAACAAACAAGAGACCAGGGACAAGGAAGGGGCAGUGGCUCUGAAAGAAAUAGCAGCGUGGACAAAGACGUGGCUGGUCUAGGCUCUAUUGAUUCUGGAGGAGGGAGAACCAUCAGAAUUAAGAAGACAGUGGAAAAUAUUUUGGAUGGAAAGGUUGUGUCAAUGGAGGAAGGGGUACAGAAGUUAUAAGACAGUAUAAAUACAACUGCCUGGGGCUCAGGAACCCAGCAUUACAUUACUAUGCAAUAACAGACCUUUGCCUGUGCCGUCUGUGCAUGUUAAACGAUCCCAUACAGUACUGUAAUCCUCUAUAAACCCCACCUUCCUGAUCUUCCUGUUGCUAGGCUUACCAAUAGAAAUGAUUCCACAAUUUGUUCUCUUAAAGGAGACAUAUUGGAUAAAUGGGGAAAAACCCUAAUUUUGUAGGCAAUUAUGAAUAAUAUACGGUGCU